AUGUGGAAAGAUAUGAAGUUUUUAAUCUUGUUCGCCGGUGGUGUCCUCUCUCACAUUACUUACUUCGCCCGCGGUGAACACCACCUAUCCGGGGCGCCGUAUCUCCAAGUCUUCGCCUUGGUCUUCACAGCCCUCACGCUUGUGAGUCACGGAGCGGGCAACAGUAUUCAGAAUGCCCUCCGUCAAACCCUCAACACUAUCUUCUCUUACCUUGUUGGGGUGUUCUUCAGUUUAGUGGUCUAUCGCAUGUUUCUACAUCCGCUGCGCACGUUUCCGGGCCCUAUCUGGGCUAGACUGUCGGGUCUCUGGCUCACCUGGAGAGUCCGCCGUAGAGAUGGUUUUCGACAGGUGAAAUGUUUGCAUAAUCAAUAUGGUUCGAUCGUUCGAGUCGGACCGACGGAUUUAUCUAUCGCACACCCCAGCGCGGUGGAGGUCGUGCAUGGCUUCGGCACAGAAUGCACCAAGGGCCCGUGGUACGACGGCUACAGGCCUAUGGUGUCUUUACAUACCUAUCGCAGCAAAGUCGACCACGACCGGCGACGGCGUGUUUGGAGCACUGCCUUUGGCGAUCGCGCAAUACGUGGCUAUGAGCAGCGCCUGCACAAGUACCGCAAGCAGCUCCUUGACCAGAUUGUCGCCCACGAGGGCCAGCCGAUGAGCGUUACCAAAUGGUUCUAUUCAUAUAGCUUCGACGUCCUGGGUGACCUCGCAUUUGGCAAGUCAUUCAACAUGCUAGAGACAGGCCGGGAGCAUUGGGCCGUCACGAUGAUCAACGAGGGUGUUCAGACGGAUGCUCAAUUCCAAAGCAUCGGGUCGGCUUUGGCAUCGCCUUUGAGAGGCCCCAGUGAAACUACUGCGGUGGUCCUCUCGCUCGUCAUCUACGAACUGGCUCGUCACCCUGAGCACCUCGAGAAACUACGCCAGGAGCUCGCGCCGUACGUAUCUGAGAGCGAAGAGGAAAUACUCAACAGCGACAUUCAACACCUUGAGCAUUUGGAAGCAGUCAUCAUGGAGGUUCUCCGGUUAUAUCCGCCCGUUCCGACGCAGAUGCAGCGCAAGACGCCACCGGCAGGGAUCUCAGUCGAAGGUAUCCAUAUCCCUGGAAAUACGUCGAUAUGGACUCCUCUUUAUGCCAUCGGCCGCAGCCAAUCGGCUUACCAGGAGCCGGAUCAAUUCAUACCGGAGCGAUGGACGAUAUACCCCGAGAUGGUCAGAGAUAAAACUGCAUUUGCUCCAUUCUCGACUGGAACUUUCAAUUGCAUAGGGAAACCACUUGCACUUCUGAACAUUCGCACAACCAUCGCAAAAGUAAUCAGUUCAUUUGAUUUUGCUCUUGCCCCGGGCGAGGAGAAUAUGCUAGUCGAUGAUAUCAUGACCGAGGGUUUUAGUACAACAUUGGGAGAUUUGAUGAUUGUCUUCAAAAAGCGCCAAGGGCAUCAAAUUGGCCAGACUACAACGACUUAA